AUGCCCACCUUGACUGGAUCCUGCUAUUGUCGAAAGAUCGAGUACGAGCUGCGUCUGAAUUCAAUAGAUGAUGCGCGCACCACACUCUGCCACUGUCAGAACUGUAAAAAAGCAUUCGGAACCAACUACGGUCUCACGGCCAAAGUGUCCAAAGAUGCCUUCCACUUGACCAAGGGUCAGCCCAAGGAGCAUGCGGCUGAUAAUGGGUCCGGAGUGUCCAUCUACCGGCACUUUUGCGAUAUCUGUGGAAGUUUCAUCUUGGAAUUUGGGGAAAAUGCCAAACAACAGUUCCGCUACAUCUGUGUAGGAUCCCUUGACGACCCAGAAGCACUGCCACCGAAGGGCGAGUUCUUUUGCAAAUCUCGAGCCUCGUGGAUGCCCGAGAUUCCAGGUGAGUCUCAAUGCUGGAUGCUCGGUGCUGUGUUCAACUAG